AUGGGUCUGCUGCGUGGUAAAGUAACCAUGAUAUUGUGGCUCUUUCGCGAUCCCCACCCGCUGGUUAUUCUGGGUGAAGCCAGUGUACUUCUGUUUCUCGGACUUGUUUCUUUUGAUAAUCGUUCCUACGAUACUCUCUUUCGUUUUCCAUUCGACCUUGGAUUAGGCUUCCCGUGUCAUGGUCUUGGAUUGACCUCUGUCUUUUUGGCCUUGGAUUGGCUUUCCUGCUUUACCUAUUGGAUUUCUUUUGAUUUUGAUCUCCAUUGCUUUCCACAUACUUCUUCUAUUUCGCUUCUCUCUCGUACCCAUCUCUGGCGGUGUCCCCAUACUGGUCUCUUCCUCUCGGCGCGCGCGCUCGAUUGA